GAGAUCCGUGGAUGCCACACACCCAAGAAGAAAAUGAAGGCUCGUGCUCCCCCACCUCCUGGGAAGCCUGCUUCCCCGAAUGUGCACAGUGAGCAGAAACUGCCCCGAGAUGUGUCCCCUGGUCCCCAGCAGAACCUGCUCACGAUGAAGGAGCAGCUGCAGAAAAGUAUGGUGGACAUCACCGUGGUGCUGCCCAGUGGGAUGGAGAAGAAGAGCACAGUCAAUGGCAGCCAUGCAAUGAUGGACCUACUGGUUGAACUUUGCCUUCAGAACCACUUGAAUCCAUCUCACCAUACCCUUGAGAUCUGGUCUUCAGAAACUGAAAAACCUUUGAGUUUUAAGCCAAAUACUUUAGUUGGGAUGCUGGAUGUGCACACUGCAUUUCUGAAAGAAAAAGUUCCCGAAGAGAAGAUGAAGACCAGCCUACCUAAGGUGCCUGAGAAAUCUGUGCUUUUGAUAGUGAAUUACCUGCGAACACAAAAAGCUGUCAUGCGUGUGAGCCCCAACGUGCCACUCCAGAGCAUUCUCCCAGCCAUCUGUGCAAAGUGCGAGGUCAGUACUGAGCAUGUGAUCCUCCUGAGAGACAACGUCACCUGGGAGGAGCUGGAACUCUCCAAGUCCCUGAACGAUCUGGGCAUCAAGGAGCUCUACGCCUGGGACAAUAAGCGAGAAACCUUUAGAAAGCCAUCACUUUGCAAUGAUGAGGCAGAAAAGGAGAAGAAAAAAAUUCUGGGAUUUUUCAAAGUUAAUAAAAGAAGCAACAGUAAGGUGGAACAGCUGGGUCUGUCAGGGGUGGACAGUGAUGAGGACACCUCCAAGUCAGCCCUGGGCGAAAGCCUGAACGGCUAUAUAACAACACCAAAUUCCCCCUCUCUGAAGUCACGUUCCAUCACACUGGGGACAUCCCUGUCCCUCAGCAACAUUUCAGGGGUUUCUAUGAAGUCAGACAUGAAGAAGCGACGAGCUCCGCUGCCUCCCUUGCUGUCCAGUGCAGGCACACCUGUGCAGGACAGAGCAUCAGAAAAGAUGUCUCUGGGGUCACAGAUUGAUUUACAGAAAAAGAAGAGACGGGCACCAGCUCCCCCUCUGCCACAGCCUCCACCACCAAGCCCCCUGGUGCCCAACCGCACUGCAGACUCCUUGGAAAAGAGGAAGAGCGCCAUGGGUAUUGGACGGCAGGUGCCACAAAAGCCUCCCAGAGGCACUGCUCGGGGACCCCCUCAUUUAGUGCUCCCCCCACCCCCACCCUACCCUCCUCCCGACACAGAUGUGGCAGAGCCUCUCAGCUUUCCUGGGGAAGGCGCUGGUGCCGAGGCCACCGACCUGAGACCCACACUGACCCUGCCCCUGGAUGCUGGAGGUAUCUGCAGCACAGAUGGGGUUCCACCCGUGUUGUCAGAGGCCGAGGAAACUGUGUCUGUUGGCAGCUGUUUCGCAUCAGAAGACACGACAGAGGACUCAGGGGUGAUGAGUUCCCCCUCAGACAUCAUCUCACUAGAUUCUCAGCAUGACACCAUGAAAUCCAAGGAUAAGUGGGCCACAGACCAGGAAGACUACAGUGACCAGGACUUGGCUGCAACUCCAGAACUCGGUCCCCAGAAGAGCCCUUCAUGGGAGAGAAAUGGCUCUAGGAACUGGAAUCCAAGAACCGAAAAAGCUGUUAGAGCCUCAGAUGGUGAUGAAGACCUGUUUAUUAAUGUACAGUUCCAGAAGGCACUUGCAGAGCUUGAUGAAGACCUAGAAGAAAUGGAAGAAAGUUAUGAAACAGACACCAGUUCUCUAGCCAGCAACAUAAACGGUGUGUCCAGUCGCUGUACUCUGGAGGCCAUAAUCCCCAAGAAUGAUGUGGAUGCAAUCCCAGUCACAUUCAUAGGGGAAGUUUUAGAUGACCCCAUGGACUCAGGGUUGUUAUCCAAUAAAAACAACAAUGCUGGUUGUUUUGACCUGGGCAGUGUAACCAGGGGAGCCCCCAAGCUUUCCUACCAGACUGAGCGCAGCCAGCAACCUGAAAGAAAGAGGGUAGAAGUGUCUCCUUCUGCUCCUUCCCAUCACAUGGGAAAGGAAAUCAAGUUGUCCUUACCCAACACCCAUAAAGAUGUGAAUCUGAUUAAAAUGGAGCCUGGAGUGACUUCUGCUUCCAAACAGAAUACAAAAGAGCAAAGCCAGGACCCAGGCUCUGCCCACAGAGGGAAGACGCAGGCCGUGGAGAUAGCAAGUUCACAACCAGUGAGGGAAGAAGGUGAUAAUAACAACAAUGUCUCAGCAUCAUCUUGGCAUAGGGGCCAAAACCCAGGGGGAAGUUACGGACUUAAAUAUGGCCUCACAACAUAUAAAAUUGUUCCUCCAAAACCAGAGAUGAAGUGCUAUGACAGAGGAGUAUCCCUCUCAACAGGAGCCAUCAAGAUUGAUGAGCUGGGGAACCUAGUGAGUCCCCACACCAGUGGGUGCAAGACCUUUGCCAUGACGUCACCUGCUCUGGAAGCAGAAACCCAAUCCAUUGGAAAAAUCAAGGAAUUCUGGAGGUCCAACUCUGUGGAAAAAAAUUGUCAACUCACAGAGUGCUCAGCUAAGAGGACCCCCACAUGUACCCCCACCACACCAGAGAAAUCACAACAAAGCAGACUCAGAGCAGAGCCCACCUCCCCAGAACCCAAAGUGAUGGUGCCCCAGCAGCAGCUGACCCACCAUGAAAAUGGAAAACAUCUAGAGGAGAGAAGUCACCAGCCACACAUGGCAGCCACUUGCCACAUGAAAGUUCCAGCAGCUAAUGUCACAGAAGUCCCAUUUCUCAAGCCCCAGAGAAGGACAUCCAGUCAAUAUGUGGCCUCUGCCAUUUCCAAGCGGAUAGGGCCCCCCAAAGCCUCUGCCAGUGUGGUAAGGAAGUAUGAUAAUGCUGGGAAGCCCAUUGAAGGCAGAGAACCAGCACUAAAGGGGCAACCUGAGGCUGUGAAAGAUGGUGUGACCACCAGCCCAUCUCUACAGCUACAUAAACACAGUGCAGAGUCACCCUGUGGCCACCUUCCCAAUACCAACAGGGAAGAAUUGGCAGUAGGUAUCCUACCCAGAAAAGAAGCCUGCAGUUUUUACAGAAAGUUGUCUACUCAAGAGAGUCCUGCUGACACCCAAAGAAGAGCCUAUGUCCCAUCAGUUACAUCUUCCCAGAGGGGUCAUGUUUCUAUGGGACAGAGCUGUGAUUUCAGUGGGAAGCAAAAUACAAGUAACCCCAAGACAAGCUCAGCCUCUUACCCCAAGUACAUGCUGGACAGCACAAAUCCCCCUGCUUCUCACUCAGGAGAUGAUCAGAAUCCUGGCAAGGCUCAAGUGAAUGGUACCAGGUGGGUUCCCAUCCACAGUGAGUCUCCUAAAUCCCCAUCAGUGUCCAGCACAAAUGGCCAUGCUGGACGGGAGCCUCUUGAACAAGAUGAUAAACAAGACACAUCAUGUGAAAAUGAUGGUACCUUACCAUCCAGCAUCUUUGGGCCAAAGAAAAAAUUCAAACCCGUUGUCCAGAGGCCAGCACCCAAAGACACAUCCCUGCACAGUGCCCUGAUGGAAGCUAUCCAUUCAGCAGGAGGGAAGGACAAACUUCGAAAGACAGCAGAACACACAUCAGGGAGAGGGUCGAAGGAACCGUCCUACCCAGAGUCAGAGAGUGAACGCUCAGCACUGCUGGCAGCAAUCCGAGGACACAGGGGUGCCAGCAGCCUGCGCAAGGUGUCAUCCUCUGCCUCUGAAGAACUCCGGAGCUUCCGCGAUGCCUCACUGUCUUCACAAGGGGCAGAAUCCCUUGGGCUAGAGGACCUUGGUGUUCAACCUCACCCUCCAUUGCCACCUCCACCCCCUCCGGCCACUGGGGUUCCCUCUUUGUCCAGGACGGCAUUCAGUGCCAGUGCAGGCCCUCCCAGCGACCUAACAGAUGCCAGGCAGGCGUUGAUGGAUGCCAUCCGCUCAGGCACGGGAGCUGCAAGAUUGAGAAAGGUCCCCUUGCUCGUGUGAAUCAUCUGUAAGAUCAGAAGGCAGAAACCCACCUGUAAGAUGCCCACAAUCACAACUCAAGGAUGCCACACACAAGGGGUGCCAGGAUUUGGUGUGCUCCUUUGUCUACAGGCCAAAACUCAAGGCAUUGAUUUACAAUCUUUUGUAAUCCUCCAAAGUGGGGAGCGGGUGCUGCUCUGAUGUGUGGCUUGUGUGCCAAGUAAAUGUAUUUUGCCUCUGAAUAUUUAAAAUUGCCAAUACACAAUUCUUGUUGGCAGGUUAAUGGGAAUAUAAAUGUUGGUGCCCAACACUACCACUUAAUUAUGUUAAUGGGCAAAGUAUACAUUCAUGCCUUAGAUUGAUUUGGAACCUUUGAGAAUUUUAUCACAUACAGAUGACUAAAACCAUGUAGUUGUAUAAGAUCUUUUGAAUCCAUCCAUUUACAUAUAUAUUUGUAUGUAUGUAUGCAUACAUAAAUGUGUGUGUGUGUAUAUAUAUAUAUAUAUAUAUAUGUAUGUAUGUAUGUGUGUAUGUGUACACACAGUAGGGGAGAUGGAUCUCAGUGGAAGCAAUCUGAAUAUAAUAUGCUACAUGCUGUUAUGUGUUUUAGUAUUAACAAAAAAAAGUUCACAAACUUUUUCAAAGGUGAUAUGUUGAGUAAUGAAAUUGCUGGAAUUUUGUUCCUGAAAACUUUGGGGUUAAACCCUUAUGGAAGUUCACAGAUCAUGAUCUGACCAAAGAAUAUUUUAAAAAUCAACUGUGAUCACCCAAAAUCAUACAUGAUGUACUGACAAAGGAUUUCUGAAUUCUCCAAAGGCAGGGUGGCUAAAAUCAGAGUGACUUUAAAGUAGACACUGGUACUCCACAGCUGUCCAACAGCUGUCCCCAGUGGGCUGUGAAGUAGAACAUGCCUCCCAGAGCGGGGCUGUGUGCAGAGCCCAUAACCUCCCUGGGAGCCUUGGCAAUGGUGUAGGAUGUCAAGAGGGGGUAUUUUGAGUGUCUUUGUGUCACCGAAAUCAAAUCAAUAUUGUGCUAAUACUUCAUAAUAUGGGUUUGAUCUUGAUGCUUUUGUCCUAUAGAUCAGUGGCUCCCCUGAUAUCAUUAAAGCAGACUUCUCAUAGCACAUGGGAUUCAGCCACCAGUAUUUGUAAUGAGAUUUAACUACUAAGCAGUAGUUUUUCACAUCUAUCUAUCAAACAUUUUGUUUCAUUGAAAAAAUGCUCUUUGAGAGAUUAAUAGAAAUCAAGAAGAGUUCAUGAAAUAAAUUCUCAAUCUUAAUGAAAUAAUAAACAUUGUUAGAUCAGUUUAAUGUUUUACAACUAUUUCAGAUCCAGACUUGAAGUAGAAUGGAAUCUUCGCUCUGCACUGUGCAAUUAACUUCAUCACUUUCCUUGGUGUGGCGGGAGCAUCCAGCCAAUGGCUCUGAACCUCACUGCCCCUACUCUUUGUCUUUAGUGCCACAAAUAAAGGAAAAUGGUAGCCAUUGUGUGAGUUUCAUGUUUGGAUACCUUAUCCCCAGCUAAGCAAUAUUUAUGACUGCCUGCUACUCUCUGGGCAUAGUCACUACAUAUAAUACAGACAAGAAUAUCAGCCCAGGGCCUCCCCUGUGGCGCAGCGUUUGAGCGCUGGGUUGCUAGCCUGCCUCUGCAGCACGGGUUUGAUCCCCGGCCGCCAGGUGGGGGUCCCACAUGGCGCGCAGACCUCUCCUGCUGCCCGCUGCUCCCCUCAGCAGUGUACUUCGGUCCCUCUGCCUGUUCUGCUCCCUGCUCUGGCUCUGGUGGAUUCUCUCACCCUCCCGUGCUUCUGACUGU